AUGCAUAAACUGUUCCAUGGACACGGAGGACGCUCCCACACGCCAUCCCAUGUCAACAAGCCCCUGCCCGAACCCCUCGUCGACCCAGACGAGGGCAAGACGCCCAUUGGAGAACUGGUCAUUGUUCCUAUCCAAGGCCGUGACCUGCCCAACAGAGAACGCUUUGGCAAGCAGGACCCCUUCAUCCUCUUCAAGCUCGGCAAUGUGUCCAAACGCUCCUCGACCGAUGUACGAGGCGGGCAGCGUCCUCGCUGGAAGGACGACCAGAUCAACAUCAGGAUGUACGAGAGCGACGCCAAGGACGCCACUUCGCUCUAUGUCACCUGUCUGGACGAAGACCACCAAAAGAACGACUUUAUCGGCGACUGUGUAGUUAACCUGGCAAAGGAUCCUACAAAUCCGACCCACAGAGCCAACCGCCUUUCACCUGUUUCCAACGGCGGCGCUCCUGCUCGACGACCUCUUCAUCCAACAAACGGAACCACAAAAGUCGGAGACAGCCCUUCCACAUCCGUCUCAGCUGCAACAACACCUAGCUCGACUACAGUCUCAACUACGACCAACCCCUCGUUCAUUCAUGACGGCCCUAUGUACCGCCCACCGGAGACCACAGGAGCUUCGCUCUCGGUCCCUGCUGUAGGAGGAUUUUAUCCGCAUGGCCCCGGACAACAGAAUGGAGGAAUGUCGCCUCUAGGCAACGAUGGAAGAGCGUCACCCCAUGGGUACGAUGGACGGGUAUCUCCUAUUGGACAUGACGGAAGACUAUCGCCCUCGGGACAGAAUGGACGCAUCUCGCCAUCUUACCAGAACCAUGCAGGAGGAUACCCCUCCCCAUAUCACCAGCAACAAAUGCAACAACAACAACAAAUGCAACAGCAACAAAUGCAACAGCACCAAAUGCAACAGCACCAAAUGCAACAGUACCAAAUGCAACAGCAGCACCAAAUGCAGGCUCCCACUGCGCUUUACCCACCAGCUGGAUCAGGAUACCCGCCUGCUGGCUACUCUGGCAACCCGCCCCAGCAAAAUCAGUCCGUGGGAUACCCCCCAAUGCAAAGUAUGAUGAACCAAGGAUACCCACCCAUCGCAAAUGCAGGCUUGGGACAGCUGAUGACUGGAUACCCACCCUCGUCGUUUCCCUCUAAUACGGGCUACCCACCUAUGCCCUCGGGUAGCCAUGUGGGUGGACUAUACCCUCCUGUCCAGCGUCCUAUUCAGAUGACAAAUGUUUCGGCAGGCCCUUCAAUUAUGGGGUAUCCCCCUGUCAGCGAUCCUCAUGGCGCCCCCAACAUGUAUCCACCCCAGGCUCCUCAGCCACAGCAACUCCCUCCGGACAACUACAAGGUGGAAGUCAGUUCGGCGACAAAGACAAAUGGUGGAUCAGGAUCUGAUAAGAACGGUGGUGAUAACGAGAUACCGAACAGGACACCCAACAGGACACCGGUAGCCAACAACAGCUUGCCUGGGGCGUGGCCAGUGGAGGCAGACAACAGCGAUAGGAAUAAUGAAAUGGGGAGGUAUGGUGAUGGUUUAGGCGGUCACAAGCAGAGCGUUCGUUCCUCUUUGGAGCCCCCUGCGCUCCCUCCGCGAGCACGGCCGACCAGCCCACCACCAGCAUUGCCCCCUCGUUAUCCACAAGCUAAUAGUUGGCGAUGA